AUGCCUACCCGUCCUGCGCCUGCCGAGGCCGGCAGCAGCACCGACGGCGCCGGCGGCGCGCCGAGCAGCAAGCGUGCGCGCGUGGCGCCCGCCGUGCCCGUGGCGCCCUACUCGCUCCUCCCCGCCGAUGCGCCCGCGCUCGACGACGUGCUGGCUGCGGCACACGCAGCGGGCCGCAAAUGCCCCGUGCCCUUCCGCACAGGCCUCUUCCUCGCGCCCAUGGUGCGCAGCGGCUCGCUGCCCACGCGCCUGCUCAGCCUGCAGUACGGCGCCAGCCUCGUCUGGGGCCCCGAGAUUGUCGACCGCGCCAUCAUGGGCUGCACGCGCGUCGUGAAUGAGGACACGGGUCUGGUGUCCUUCGUCAAGGACGAGAAGGAGAUCUUCACGACGCAUCCCGUCGAGCGCAAGCAGGUCAUCUUCCAGCUCGGCUCCGCCAAUGCGGCCUGGGCAUACGAGGCGAUCAAGUUCGUCACCGCGCACGACGACGUGGCAGGCGUGGAUCUGAACUGCGGUUGCCCAAAGCCCUUCUCCACCAUCGGCGGCAUGGGCGCGCAUCUCCUCACGACGCCCGACAUUCUCUGCGACGUGCUGCGCGCCAUGCGCAGAGCGGCGCCGCCGCACGUCAGCGUCAGCUGCAAGAUUCGCCUGCUGCCGUCGCGCGAGGAGACGCAGGCGCUGGUGCGCCAGAUUCUGCGCCUCGGCAUCAUCGACAACUUGACGGUGCACUGCCGCACCAAGGAGAUGCGUCCGCGCGAGCCGGCUUUGCUGGAUCGUCUGCGCGAAGUCGUCGAGAUUGUGAGGGAGGAGACGGGAGGGAAGCUGCCGCUGUGCUGUAAUGGAGACGCGUGGGAUUGGAACGAGGCGAAACGCAUCAUGGAGAUGACCGGCGUGACGUCGGUGAUGAUCGCUCGUGGUGCAGAGGCGAACCCGUCGUGCUUUGCGCCCCGAGGCGUCUCGUCAAUAGCCGACGAGGUAGCACCGCAAUACGUGCGCUACGCGGCCUACUUCAACAACAACUUCGGCAACAGCAAGUUCUGCAUGAUGCAGUUUACGCUCAAGCCCUCGUCCAACUUUGCGCCGCACGCGCCCGUGCUGCCCAAUGCGCGGAGCAAGAAGCAGCUGUCGGAGGUGCGGCAGGGCAUGGAGCGCGCAAAGACGAUCGAGGAGAUGGCGCAGGUGUUUGGCGUGGAUGUGGAGGCGGUGCGAGCGGCAAAGGCAGAGGAGAUUCUCGCGCCCGUAAGGAAGGCAUUGGAGGCGAGAGAGGAGGGAGAGUUGAAGCAGGACCAGGAGCUCAAGAAGGCCACGGAACGUGGCGCAGAGAUCAGUCAGGAGACUGUCGCCGCGGCGAAGCAGGAGGAGCACUCCGCUGCACCGUCUGUGCAAGAGCCGGCGCCCGAGCGGCCGAUCGUUGUCGCCUGAAGCGUCUCUCUGCCCUCUCCCGUCUCAUUUGUACUCUACCGCCCAAUCAUAUCACCUCGCCUGUCGCGCUCUUCCUCACUGAGCAGCCGAACAGGCUUGACGCCCAA